CUUUGCCGAAUUUGGUGGCAUGUGAUCAAUCAGACGUGAAGCUUUCCAUCAUGGCGCCGCUUCCUCCCUCUCUCUUCCUUCUGCUGCUGAAAACAUGUGAGAAUGCGACGACGUCAACGAUACUGCAAGGGGAGACGGUGACAGCUGGAAGAAAAAAGAGAUCUUUCCUUCUAUUAUUUUAUUUAGACUUGUUCAGACAUUCUUCACUCCAACAAAAUUUCGAAAUUCAGACGCGGGGAGUCGCAUUGAAAGCUACGGGUUGACCGCCAGACAACAACACAUCCUAGGACGAACCACUCUUGCCCCGAACAACUUCCCCAAAUGCUAUUCGAUCAGACCACAAAUU